CCUCGACGGCGCUGGUCUUCCUAUGUACAGCGCAGUAAGCGGAGGCUGGCGUCCGACGGGCGGAGCUUAACCGGGGCGUUUGCCGUGCGCGCGGAGAGCUCCGGCAGAGCGUGCGGGGUUGCAUGGAAACCCCCAUUGAGGAUCGGAGAGCGUGAUCUGGGUGAGAAGGAGAUCGCGGGCCGGAAGGGUGGACCGUGGACGCGCUUGCCUAUAUGGCUUAGGUGGGCUGGAGAGCAUAAAAUGCUGAUGGACAGCCAAUGGCCCUUGGGGCGCCCUGCGUUUUCAGCCAGCUGCGCUUGCAAGAUUCCCCAUCUAAAUGGUUGCCAGUUGGGCUAUUUGCUCUGAUAACGAAAGAAAGCAUCAGACUAGCUAAUGAAUCAACCAUGUCCAUUGGGAAAAGUUUACAGAAUGAUCUCUCCGGAAGGCAUCCAAGGCAACAGAGCAGUGCUGAAUUGCGUGAACAAAUACUUGACUUAAGUAAAAGGUAUGUUAGAGCACUGGCAGAAGAAAACAAGAAUAUCAUGAAUGGUGGUAAUGGAGUUUCGAUGGCAGGAUACGCUGAUCUAAAACGAACGAUCGCAGUUCUUCUAGAUGACAUCUUGCAACGCUUGGUCAAACUGGAAAACAAGGUUGAUUACAUGGUUGUAAAUGGCUCGGCAACAAAUACUACAAAUGGGAACUUGAUGCCAGCAACUACAAGCAAACGGGUAAAUGCAGUAAACAACAUAAGAUAGCAGAUACAGGUGCACAAAGUGAUUCUAAAUGCUAUCGAGUUCUGUUACAAUAGAAAAAAACAGAAACCAAUGGUUGGCAAGGAGGUCUGCAUCCUGUUGCAACAGGAAAUGCUGAAUACAGUUCUAACUUCUUUUAUAUCAAGCUCUAAAACCUUUUAAAGAUAGCUCUUUCAUAAAGCAACACUGUACAACAUCUUAUUUAAAAGAGAUGCUAGGAGAAUAGCUAGUGUAGUAAGGCAAGUAGAUAAUGUGUACAUCCAUAUGUGAGGUUCUGUGAUAAUCAUGGGAGAUUAUGAUCAUGAAAAAGAGGUAGAUUUAAUAUCUAAAUAUCUAUUUAAAUAUAAAUCUAACACAUCUUUGGAAAUUUUAGCUUAAUCUUGUGAUCUGGUUUACUAAUGCAUAGCAAUGAAGGACAAUGCCUUUAAUAUGAGUGCUGGAAAUUUAUGUAUGUGUAAAGUAUAUUUUAACAUCACCUUUGGCUGAUUGAUUUCUACAAUUGAUAUCAUGUUGUGGAUAACAUCCUAAAAUGGUGAUCCAAAGAAUGUCUUUUAUUUGCACUAUCUGUGAAAUAGCUAGA